GUCAAUCAACGUUUUCGUGAAGUUUGUCUGGCUGCUCUCGGGUCAGAUAACUACGGCUGUGUGAAUUGUGAUACAAUACUGAAGUUGGCUACUGUUGUUUCAGUUUUUAGUAUUACAGUUUGGUUCAAAUUUUUUCUCGAUUGCCGUGAGUUAGAUUAAGUUCUAAUAACUUCGUUCUGGUGGUCUCAGUCUGGUGGUUUCAGUUUGGUGGUUGGUUGCUGUUUACGAUUCACGGUCUCGUUUUUCUAAGUUUCCCGAGGACAGUAGGGGUUGCGGAGGCAGCAGGCAGCAUGGCCCAAUGGAACCAGUUGCAGCAGCUGGAGACCAGGUAUCUGGAACAGCUCUACCACCUGUACAGUGACAGCUUCCCCAUGGAACUCCGGCAGUUCCUCGCCCCCUGGAUCGAGAGUCAGGACUGGGCGUACGCAGCCAACAAAGAGUCCCACGCAACACUGGUGUUUCACAACCUACUGGGGGAGAUCGACCAGCAGUACAGCCGCUUCCUGCAGGAGAACAAUGUGCUCUACCAGCAUAACCUACGGCGUAUCAAGCAGCACCUGCAGUCCACGUACCUGGAGAAGCCCAUGGAGAUCGCCCGCAUCGUGGCCCGCUGUAUCUGGGAGGAACAGAGGCUGCUGCAGAACGCCACAACCACUGCGCAGGACGGAACAGCGGCACAUCCGUCCGGCACUGUUGUGACAGAGAAACAGCAGAUUCUGGAGCACAACCUGCAGGACAUCAGGAAGAGAGUGCAGGAUAUGGAACAAAAGAUGAAAAUGCUCGAGAAUCUCCAGGAUGAUUUUGACUUCAACUACAAGACCCUUAAAAGUCAGGGUGAUAACCCACCCAACUCCUCUCCUAUUUGCUCAGAGUUGUCCCAGGACAUGAAUGGGAACAGCCAGGCAGCUGCCACGAGACAGAAGAUGUCUCAGUUGGAACAGAUGCUGAGUGCUCUGGACCAGCUCAGGAGGCAAAUAGUGACUGAGAUGGCCGGUCUGCUGUCAGCCAUGGACUUCGUCCAGAAGAACCUGACUGAUGAUGAGCUGGCCGACUGGAAGAGAAGGCAGCAGAUCGCCUGUAUCGGAGGACCACCCAACAUCUGCCUGGACCGCCUGGAGACAUGGAUCACAUCCCUGGCCGAGUCCCAACUGCAGAUCCGCCAGCAGAUCAAGAAGCUGGAGGAGCUCCAGCAGAAGGUGUCCUAUAAGGGCGACCCCAUUAUCCAGCACCGGCCUGCUUUGGAGGAGAAGAUAGUGGACCUGUUCAGGAGCCUCAUGAAGAGUGCCUUCGUGGUGGAGAGGCAACCUUGUAUGCCCAUGCAUCCUGAUAGACCACUGGUCAUCAAGACGGGCGUGCAGUUCACCAACAAAGUCAGAUUAUUGGUGAAGUUUCCAGAAUUGAAUUACCAGUUGAAGAUUAAAGUUAUUAUUGACAAGGAAUCUGGGGACGUGGCUGCUAUUCGAGGAUCCAGAAAGUUUAACAUCCUGGGAACCAACACCAAGGUGAUGAACAUGGAGGAGUCAAACAACGGCAGUCUGUCUGCAGAGUUCAAACACCUGACGCUGAGAGAACAGAGGUGUGGCAAUGGUGGCAGGACCAACAGUGAUGCAUCCCUUAUCGUCACAGAGGAGCUCCACCUCAUCACAUUUGAGACCGAGGUCUACCACCAGGGCCUGAAGAUCGACCUGGAGACCCACUCUCUGCCAGUGGUGGUGAUCUCCAACAUCUGCCAGAUGCCCAACGCCUGGGCCUCAAUCCUGUGGUACAACAUGCUGACCAACCACCCCAAGAACGUGAACUUCUUCACCAAGCCCCCGGUGGGGACCUGGGACCAGGUGGCUGAGGUCUUGAGCUGGCAGUUCUCCUCCACCACGAAGAGGGGCCUGAACAUUGAGCAGCUCACCACCCUGGCUGAGAAACUGCUAGGUCCAUCUGUGAACUACUCUGGAUGCCAGAUCACCUGGGCGAAGUUCUGCAAAGAAAACAUGGCGGGUAAAGGCUUCUCCUUCUGGGUGUGGCUGGACAAUAUCAUUGACCUGGUCAAGAAGUACAUCCUGGCUUUGUGGAAUGAAGGGUAUAUCAUGGGUUUCAUCAGUAAGGAGAGGGAGCGGGCCAUUCUGAGCCCCAAGCCUCCUGGCACCUUCCUGCUGCGCUUCAGCGAGAGCAGUAAGGAAGGAGGCAUCACCUUCACUUGGGUGGAGAAGGACAUCAGUGGGAAGACCCAGAUUCAGUCGGUGGAGCCGUACACCAAGCAGCAGCUCAACAGCAUGUCUUUUGCGGAGAUCAUUAUGGGAUACAAGAUCAUGGAUGCCACCAACAUCCUGGUGUCGCCGCUGGUCUACCUCUUCCCAGAGAUCCCGAAGGAGGAGGCCUUUGGGAAGUACUGCCGGCCGGAAGCUGCCCCGGAAGAGGCCCCGGGAGGGGAUCCCUACAGCACCAUUCAACCGUACUUGAAGACAAAGUUUAUCUGUGUAACUCCGUGUCCCUCCGUGUUCAUGGACUUCCCGGACAGCGAGCUGCUUGGGAACGGCAUUUUCCCUGGCACUAACUCUGGCAACACCAGUGACCUGUUCCCCAUGUCCCCCCGGACCCUGGACUCUCUGAUGCACAAUGAGGCUGAGAACAACCCUGGUCCGCUGGCCCUCUUGCUGUCCGUCUUCCCAGAUUCUCUCACUCUGGACAUGGAGCUGAGUUCAGAUGUGGCGUCUCCCAUGUGAAGGGCCAAACCGGAGGUUCUAGAUGGGUUCUUUUUCCCCCUCUUUCAUGUUCUUAGAAGAUAAAUGUAAGAGUUUUGUAAGACUCCACAGGUAGUGAUGCUGUAAAGAGUACCACGACAUUUACUUUGGCCACUUGUUUCAUUGUUAAUAUUUCACAUUUGAGUCAAUGUUUUGAAAAGCUGUUAAUGUGAAAAUUGUUGUAUUUUUAACGAGGCUUCUGGUUUGUUCUUUUAAUAUGUAACCGUCACUAUGGAUGCUUUAGAAAGUACCUUAAAUUGAUGUUUUAUUUUUUUAAAUACAAAGUGUAUAUUUCUUUUUUUCCUAACCUUAAAAGAAAUUAUUUGUUAUGAAUCAGGUUUUGUUUGUAUCAGAUUGUUUAAAAUGAAAGAUUGCUAUUUAGUUUUUCAGAGAGAAUUUUAUUUUUUUGUUGACUUCUUUCUCUCAAUUACUUCUUUUUGGUAGUCUUUAUCUGUCUGUUUGUACCACGUCCUUCUUCUGUGUUUUUAUCAGAAAUAUCCGGCUCCAUUUGUUCCUGUUGAAUCUCACAACCUGUAUGGGUGAUGUCUGGCUAACCCAGUGAAUCAGCCCUCUAAUGCUUUUUUAGAUAAGAGGAGGCCGCAUUUAAUUUGGGAAUGGAACAUUCACAAAGGCCAUUAUGGAAAUGCCAUUGGUUUCCCUUUCAGGUGUCAAAAAUGGUGUUGAUAAUUCUCCGAUAUUUCCCUCUCCCUCCCCAGACUGGGCUUGGCCCUCAGCUGCUGGGUAGCAUUUCUCAGUUGAAGGGAAAAGCCUGAUUCCUUCCCUGGAUUGUAGAUAGAAAUGUAUAUUUUCCUUUAGUACUUGGUUCAUACUAACCUCAUCUAUUCUCUGUAGUUUGUCCUGGUUAUUUCCAUUGAACCAUAAUGGAGAUUAGGAUCAUGAUAAAAAAAAAAAAAUCUGCAGUCCUGUGCUGGGAUUUGUAGUCCCUGAAAUAAUCUGUCUGUGUAAUGCAAAUGUAACCAUACUGUGUAGCGUGUCGUAUAGGCCAACACUUUUCUAUUCUUAUUUAAACAAAUAAUGGUAACAUCUGUUUCAAAUGAUAUUUCACUAACCUUUCUGACUGUACAGUAUAUGGUUAUGAUGGGACACUGGAUCACCAGAUGUCACUCUGAAUCAAACUACUUGAUGUGCUCAGUUGACUCCCUAACUCUGUUUAUUCUCUUCAGAUGAGACAAAUCUUUCUGUAAAUGACGCUGUAACUAAUCUCACAUUUGUUUAAAAAUCAUAAAAUGUAAGAAUCUGA